UUGUAUUUUACGGCUUCAGCCACCAGGUCACACCGGCUAGGCCUCACAGGUAGAAACAAGAACGGCCUUCCCCAAUCCAGAUAAGAGACAUUUUUCUGGAGAGACCUGGACAUUUUUCUUCCGCGUGCACUGCGGAGUGCGGACUUUACUGCAGUUACGGAAGUGGACUGCUAAAUUUGAUUCGGCUGCAUUACGAUAAUCUAAAAAGUUCUCAACACCAUUGACAGAAGGCUUUACCGUUCUCCUUACCCAUAUUGCAUACGCAUGCACUGAUAAUCGAUUGAUGUGCAAAAUAAUAUACAGCAUGAAUUUCCCGUGAUCCGCACCCUGUAGUGCAGCUUCAUCGGACGCGCACAGUGAUGCUAACCAUUUCGACUCUGGACGAUGACGAUAAAUGUCUACUUUACCACACGUAUUGGUAGUAUUGGAGCUGAUAGUUUGUCCGUAUUAAAGCUAGGUUAUCCAAUCUUUUUUCUGCGAUACCCGAUCCGAGCACGAAAUUCCAAAAUUAUUGGAAUGGAUCCUGUGACCUCACACGGUAGUAACUUUGGCGGUAACGCGGAUCAAGGACAGUACGACCGACUUAAAGCUGAAUUUCUUGAAUUUCGAGACAAUUUAUCCGCUUCUUAUGCGCUGCUCCUUGCGAAUGUACAGCAGCUUAACGAAAAACGUUACGAUCUUUAUUUUUUCUUGACAAUUGUAAUUGUGCCCGGGUCUGUGACAGUCUUAGCCAACAUAUUAGCGCAUCUGUGUCUCCGGUGUUUCGAUAGAUGCAAAUGCAAAUGGCGGAGUGAGUGUUGGUGUCACGCAGGAGGCAUUGAUAAGGAGCUGAUUGUUAUCAUUAAUACUGCAAUGUUGGACCCUGUUUUUGCAUCGAUGAUUAAUGAAACAUAUCACUAUUUCUGUUUUGCGACUCGUCAAACGCUACAGCUUGGGGAGACGAUUGUCCGAAUGCAUACGGAAGCUGUAACGGCUUUAAUGUAUCAAUGGGACGUCGGAGGUCAUUAUGAGCUGCGAUAUGCACCGGGGCCAGCACCCAGCAAAACGAGACUGGCUAACAUUGGAACAGAAGCAAUGGAGGAAAGGAACCUCCGGAAACUGCUUGUGACAACUCAUAUGCUGUACAAGUGGUGCCAGAUUGCGUCUUUUGACAACCUGGCUGCGUGUAUCGAGAUUGCGCGGGAAUAUACCUGUGAUCUGAAUCUCCUGAAUGCGUAUAUUGAGCGAGCGUUCCGUGCCCAUCGGCAAAUUAUGGGUUAGACACAUCCCGAGAAUCAACAGCAAUAUGUGGAAUGAUCAUGGAUGAUGUUGUUUUACCUACGUGCAUAUGCCACAGUUUAACAGCGCCAUUAUAACGGGCGUAAAAAUGUACAUAUUUUUGUUUGUUCACAGUGGCUUCUUUUCAAAUUGUAUAAUUAUUUCCAUUUAACUUUAAAUGUGGCAGGUUAUAUUACUGAGAACGUACGUUUAAAUUUCUAUUCUUUUAUUACAAUUAGCGUCUAC